AUGGACGCUCAUGAUGGACAUCAAAUACUCUCCCGCGCCCCCCCAGCCCUCUUCACCCACAAAAAUUUUCGAACAACCACCGGUGCCCUACAUAAGAUCUACUACAAUGGGAAAGUGAUCAAAUGGGAUUUCACUCAAGCAGCGCUCAAAUACUCCAGCAACCGUUCUCUCGAUCCAAAAAAAAUUUCCACAGAGUCACGGGGGCUAUAUAGUUUAUACCAUGAACAUUACCUCUGUGGCGACGAACAGUCUGUCUGUGGGCGGUUUGCCCAAAAUGUGCUAACACCUGUGACGGCUGUUGCAUUUGCGAACAACAUUACAACCCGGUUUGGAGAUUUCAAAGUCUCCGCCGAAUCAAAGGCUAAGAAGAAGCUUAUCCCGGAUUUUGUUGCUGUGCACUGUACUGCCACAAAAGUAAACGAGCUUUCAGCCAAGGAUAUUCCUGAGAUGAUGUUUGUUGGAGAAGCAAAGACGCCUUGGAACCAUAAUCUCCAGUCAGCUUAUAGAGAUUAUUUUUCUAAUGAUCCCUCCACCAUAUCCAAAUCCUGGUUAAGACAUGCUCUCGGCCAAAUUGCACAGUACAUGCAUCACUACCAAAUGAAAUACGGCUUCCUCACUACUUAUAACGACACAAUUUUCAUAAAGCAAGGGCCAAUAGAGAAAACAUCCGAAUGGGCCCUUUAUAUCAGCCCUCCGAUUCAUUAUAGUGCAGUUGCGGACGAAAGCAAAGGCUACCCUGUUGUUACUGUACGGCAAUGCAUGUACUAUCUUAUGCGUGCUACCUGCGAUGGGGGACACAUUGCCCAAAAUCCUACCGAACUAGAUACAUGGGUUGACGAUCAAACUCCGCGGGAUAGGGUUGAAUAUUUUACACCUGCCCGAGAUACAGUUGAGACGCCCGAGAGACUUCUACAUAUGAUAUCCAAGUCCCCUAUGUUCCCAAGGAAAUCAUCUUCCAACAUAAACUCCAUGGAGCUACACCGAACUUCAAAUGGAGACACGUAUAUGGCAGUCCUUCAGUUUAAGUCGAGCGAGAUAUUUUCUGAGAAGGGAAAGACCUACGCUGUAUUUAACGGUCAAAAGGUUCCUGUACUUUUGAAAGUAUAUAAAUCCGAGUCAAGCGACGAUGAGUCACGCGGUCAAAUCCCUGCGCCUCUGCAAUCUUCUGCGUCUCGAGGACGAAAAUCUGACAACACCGCUCCCUCCAAGCCAAGGGUUGCUUUUAACAGGGAAUAUCGAGAUCCUGAACCCAUCGAUGAAGCCAACUAUGGUGACGACUCAGGCUCUGCAUCUGCUCCAAAUGUUGAGACCCCUACGCGAGGAGCAGCCCAGCGUCAGGGCCACGGCUAUCCAGUCUCAUCGUCACCUCAACGGCGUCCAGUACCCCCAGUUGGACAACACCAACCCCAGUCUAGAGGCCACCCCGGAGUGCGAGAAACAUCCCCUUCACCUUAUGCACCAUAUCCUACGAGCCAAUCUCCACCCAGGGUUCUCUCACAGACAAGGGAAACUACCUUACCACAUCGGCCACCACCACCACCUGGGCAAUACCAAUCCUCAUCCAGAGAUCCGUCUCAGAUCCGGGUAGCAAACCCGCCAAAUUAUCCAUCCAUGGGAUCGAGGCAAGGAGGGUCCCCAGACAGACAAGCUGGGAGAGACGACUCAGGCUCUAAGGAUAAAGGGAAAGGGAAAGCUAACACACUCCCCACCAAUACCAAAGAGUACAAUCUUAGGUCUCAUGUAGACAAGAAAGGGGAUAGCAGCAAGGACAAAGGUAAGGAUAAGGACAAUGGAGGCAAAUGGGAUGUGUUUAACCGUUUUUCCAAAUAA